AUGGAGGAGGCUAAAAGGAGUGGAAACAUAUUUUACUAAAAAUAUCGAUCAAGAUCUCAUCCCCAAAUAUAGAAUAUAGAAAUAUCAAGUGAGCAGGUAAGAAAUCGUCCCAGAUUUGGCCAAGGAUAUACGCAAACGCAAGCGUCACCCCCGUCAGAGUUGGAGGCAGAACAAACAGAGAACGAGAGAGAGAGAGAGAAAGUCUAAUCCUGGGAGCAAAGUAAUCCUACAGGUGGUAGGAUUCAUCAGGUUGCUUGCUUUCACUUCACACAAUCCAUUCCUGGCUCCAGUCCUCCGCUCGCCUCCAAACUUCCCGAAACACACACACACAAACUGACAAGGGACGAGCGAUAUCAUGUCCUCGUCCUCCUUUUAGUGCCAAAAUCCAUGAUUAUUAGCCGAUACGAGACGUAGGACCAAGUGCUACACGUACACGAUCCCAUUGUCGUCGUAAUGUUCAAGUUUAACAAGCAUCACAAUUUUUAUCAACCACACUGUCAUCCUCACAGCCCAGUCUCCUCUAAUCCCGUACUUGAAAAUAAUCAGUUGGGCCAGUUCCUCGAAGUCGGGAAACUACUUGGAACCGCAGGACCGGAAAACAUUUGGAAAGUGUAUGACGGAUGGAGAAAGUGUGAUGGGAAGGAAGUCUCAAUAUUUGUGUUUGAGAAGAAAUCGGCCGAAAAGUUGCACAAGCCCCGAAGGAAGGAGACCAUUGCGGAAAUGUUGCGCUCAUCGGUCAGGCAAUUGGAGAGAUUUCGUCACAGAAGUCUAAUUCAGACGGUGUAUCCGCUUGAGGAAGGGCCAGACACACUUGCAUUUGCUGCAGAGCCCAUCUACUCGAGCCUUGCGAGUAUGUUAGCAGCUUCCCCCCACCAAUCCAUGACUAACUCGUGCGAUGUUAAUGAGAAAUCGGGUGGUGUUGACCUUCAUCCAGUCUUCUUAGAUGUCGAACUUCGAUAUGGGAUCCUUCAGAUUAUCGAAGCCCUUCAAUUUCUUCAUUACUCGGGAAGAAUCAUACACAGGAAUAUCACACCAACAAAUAUUCUUGUUACAAAACGAGGCACUUGGAAACUCGCCGGGUUGGAAUUCAUUGAUAGAGCAAACGACUUGGAUGGAAUGGAAGGAGUUCCGGUAAUACCAUGGACGAGCAAAAUUCCAAAGAUCGGUCAGGUCAACUUGGACUAUACAGCUCCUGAAGUCCAACAGACUUCAAUGUGUUCUAUCAUGUCUGAUAUGUUCAGCCUGGGAAUGGUUAUUACAGCCAUAUUCAACGGCGGAAAACCUCUGAUUCAAUCUAAUCAUUCAAGCUCGCAGUACCUCAAACAAGUGGAAAUGUUGGACUCUCUGGUUGCCGACUUCCUCCCAAAAGUCCCUCUUGGUUUACAUGAGGCAGUCCAACGUCUCCUGUGCAAAGAACCGAGACAAAGACCAACAAGUCAAUUACUCGCACUUAUUAAAUAUUUUGCUGACCCAGCGAUUUACACGCUUCAAUACCUUGAUAUAAUUACAAUGAAAGACCCGUCACAAAAAGCUCAUUUUUAUCGACAUCAACUCAGCGAUGUGUUGCCCUAUAUUCCAAAAAAACUGUGGUUUCAACACGUUUGGCCUACGCUCAGAGAUGAAAUGAAGACACAAGAAGUGCUGGCUGCUGCCCUUCAACCAAUUUUCCUGCUAAUUAGUCAGAGUACGGCAGAGGAGUUUCAAAACAUCAUCCUUCCCUCGUUCAAGCACGUAUUUUCUUCACCAAAAUCUAUUCAAGCGUCGGUAACUUUGCUGGAGAAUUUGCAUAUUAUCCUUGAGAAAAAUGUACAACCCGAGCUUCUGAACAAUGAAAUUUUGCCAAUGCUUCAGAACGCUUUUGAAUCUACUACAAUCCAAGUUCAGAGCGCAUCUCUCAUCUCGGCAUCUUUGGUGGCUGAAUAUCUAGACGAGACAUUUAUUAGGAAGAUAAUUCUCCCCAGAUUGAAAGGCAUUUACGAAAAGUAUUGUGGGGAUCUCAAAGUCCUGGUUAAUAUACUCAUGUGUUUAGAAAAAAUAAUUCCAAAAUUAGAGCGGUCUACAAUCAUUGAAGACGUACUUCCAAUACUUUGCGAAAAUGCCACAUCCCGACAAGAUCCCGACAUUAUCGGAAAAUUGACAGACAUUUACCGCUUGAUGCUCAGCGAUAACAAAAAGUACGGGCUGAGCGUGAAUCUUAUGGCGACGAGGGUGAUGCCAAGUCUUCUUCCUCAGACGGUGAAUCCGAGAUUGCAUUUGGAGCAAUUCAGCAUGCUUCUCGCAGUCCUCCAAGAAAUGCUGGAGCAUAUUGACAGAAAUCAAAGGAACAAAUUGAAAUUGGAUCAUCACAUAGUCACGCAUAGUGGUCAUGGGCAAGCUCAGAAAGAAUACGCUUACUCCAAGACAAACAACAAAGGACUACGGCAUCAGAGAUCCUCUGAUAACAUGAGCAUUGGGCCCUUUACGACUCCAAUGUUUGUGCCAAAUGUACACAUUGAAAAUACGGCGACUUUGAGCAUUGGUCCGACAAUCCCAUGCCAAAGAAAGACAUCUUCUGCAGAAGACAUGAUGAUGAGAAAAAAUUCCAGUGCUGAAUUAUAUGGAGACGGAACCAAUUUCUUACGGGUGCAAGGAAGUCAGUUUCCCAUACGAAGACUUUCAGAUAACACUCUUAUGGCUCCGAAAAUACGCCUGGCCCCAAGUUCUGCGCUUUCCAGUCCUGGUGAACCACUUCCAGUAAGGCGACACUCUUCCAUUGGGCCACAGGAAAGGAAAAAUUCAAGCAACAGUGUCAACUUGUCUCCUCCAGCGCUUACAAGGAACAUUGUGGGUGGGUCAAUGCCAAAUACGACGGGAAAUGUUGUUCCGUUUUCAUUAUCUGGGAGCAUGUCGAGUCUAAAGUCUCGAAGACCUUCCAUGCUGUCUUCAUCCGCCUCCGCUGUUCACAACAGCAGUCAGCCCAGCAACACCACGGGCAUUCUUCAACAAUUGGGGUCUGGGGUAGUGAGCUUUGCAAACUCAUUAGUUGACAGAAGCAAAUCUUCAUGAUCCUACACCCCCCGUGGACGCAACAGAUCUGCGUCCAUAUUCCAAUGAUACAUCAUCAUCAUCAUCAUCCUGUUUCAAAUUCUACUCUAUAUAAAUACACAUGUACUUCCUAGCAAGAUUAUGAGGAUUAUUGUCAAGCCAAAUCUUAAAAAAAACUGUAGUCUGUUUAUGUUUGAUGCUGAUUGAUUUCCAUUGCAGUAUACUCGCAGAGACAAAAAAUAAUUCCUUGUGGCAAAAAAAAGAAUAUUAAUGUCUAUCGCUCUUAACACAAGAGAAGAGCUCACGUAUAUCCGUAUUACAAAGCUUAACUUGAAUGACACGCGCAACAGAGAUUGAGCUCAUCUAUACAUCCCUACAUACAAUACAUAUGUACUAUCAUCAAACACACACUAUUAUCAAACUGUUACACUUAGAUUGGAACUUAUUAUAAAAUACAACAGAUAUUUUAGUAGAACAGAGAAAUAUUUAAUCACAAUUGUAGAUGAUAAAUUACAACGGCGAAUGUAACAAAGCUGUAUGUAAUUAAAAAUAGACAUUUAGUCAGAGUCAUGCAUAUUAUAAAGGUAUGAAUAAAUUGCAAUCUUGGCCAAAAAUAAUUA